AUGACUGUUUAUUGUGAUAUGACCACUGAUGGAGGUGGUUGGACAUUGUUUGCUGGCAUUCGAAUUGAUUAUAAGGGAGUUCACUUCCAUGUUUUUGAUGACAAUACAGCUGUGGCCACCUCAGAAACCACCUAUUUCCACAUUAAGACAGAAGAAUUGAUGGCUGUCUCCAAACAGGUGAGAGCUGUUCCUUACUCCUCAUUGACAUUUGUAAUCCUGAUAGAGCAGUCAAUUGUACAAUACAUACAGGUACACAAGUGGUCCCAACUCACAUGUCCUAUUCAAAAGCAACCAAUGGUCAAUGUGUUGGAUUCAGAAUAG